AAGUAAUUAAUAUUGAAGAGAUUGGGUUUAAUUUAACUUUGCAAAAUCUAGGGGCCUAAACAAGCGAAGCUCAAGAGCUCGUGAAAUCCAUAAAAGAGGAGAGGCGGCGAAGACAUCACGAAUAGAUACUAGAGAGCAAGCAAGCAAGGCUAAAACACAGAAACGAGAGACCAUAAACAUGACGGUAGCAGAGUUUGGGCUGGGAGAGAGAUUGGGGGAACUCAGGCGGACAUUCCAAAGCGGGACGACAAGAAGCUUAGCUUGGAGGAAAGCUCAGCUGCAGGCGCUCCUCAAUCUCGUACGCGACAAUGAAGAACAAAUCUUUCAGGUCGUCCAUGAAGAUCUUGGCAAGCACCCUGUCGAAGCUUUUCGUGACGAAGUCGGAGUCAUAUUAAAAUCACUGACCCUCAACCUGAAUUGCUUGGAGAAAUGGGCUUCACCCAAAAAGAGCCCACUACCCUUGGCUUUCUUCCCUGCAACUGCUGAAUUGCUGCCUGAACCUUUAGGCGUUGUUCUCAUAUUCUCUUGUUGGAACUUCCCUAUAUCACUGGCAUUGGAACCAUUGAUUGGAGCCAUAUCUGCAGGGAAUGCAGCACUUAUUAAACCUUCAGAGAUGGCUCCUGCGUGCUCUUCCUUUCUUGCCCGUGUCAUUCCACGCUACCUGGACAAUAAAGCGAUAAAAGUUAUUGAAGGUGGACCUGAAACUGGGGCAAAACUCUUAGAAGAGAAAUGGGACAAGAUAUUCUUCACCGGAAGUCCACGAGUUGGACGCAUCAUUAUGUCUGCAGCUGCAAAGCAUUUAACACCUGUUACUCUGGAAUUGGGUGGAAAAUGCCCUGUCAUCUUAGAUACCCGAUUGAGCUCCUCAGAACUAGAGGUUGCCAUAAAAAGAAUAGCAUGGGGGAAAUGGGGCCUGUGCAAUGGCCAAUCAUGUGUAGGAGUUGAUUAUAUUCUUGUGGAAGAGAAGUUUGCACCAACUCUGAUUGAUUUAUUGAAAAAGUCUAUUGAUCAAUUCUAUGGAAGAAAAGCAAAGGAUUUCAAAGACCUUACCAGGAUUGUCAACAGGCACCAUUUUGAGAGAUUGCAUAAUCUUAUAAAAGACCCAGCUGUUUCAGAUUCAAUUGUUCAUGGUGGUCAAGUAGAUAAAGAGAGAAUGUUCAUUGAGCCCACGAUUCUGUUGGAUCCUCCACUUGAAGCUGAGAUCAUGACUGAAGAAAUCUUUGGCCCAUUUCUUCCAAUAAUCACUUUGAAGAAUAUCGAAGAGAGCAUUGAGUUCGUAAGUUCAAGACCAAAGCCUCUUGUCCUCUAUGCCUUCACCAAGGAUGAAACACUGAAGAGGCUGGUGUUAUCACGAACAUCUUCAGGAAGCGUUACAUUCAAUGACAUUGCAGUUCAAUUCAUGUCAGACGACUUACCAUUUGGUGGCAUCGGUCAGAGCGGCCUUGGAAAGUAUCAUGGGAAAUUCUCUUUCGAGGCAUUUACCCAUGAAAAAGCAGUUCUCAGAAGAAACUUUAUAUUUGACCUGGAGUCAAGGUACCCUCCAUGGAGUGAUUUCAAGCUGAACUUCAUCAGAUUGCUUUACAAGUAUGAUUAUUUUGGGAUAAUUCUCCUCUUUCUGGGGUUGAAGGGAUGAUCAUCACAUCACAAUAUAUCAAGACCCUAGUAACAAUAAAUGGCACGAACAUGCUUAAUUAAUAUCAAGUAUUGCCCAGAUAAUCAAAAUAUCACUUUGUUGAAUUCCAGAUGCAUACUAGUGAGAUGGUUCUUCUAACUUCAGCUUGAA